UAUGUAAAAAAAACAACCUAAGCAUUGUUCAAACACCAAGUUUUUUAAAAUGUGAAAUACCUUUGAUCUUGACUGGUUAAGACUUCAAAUUGGCAGAAGUUUUUCUCGUAGGAAAAAAACCAAGUCAUGUUUGGUUGAAGUGGGUUUUUGAACUUGUUCAACAAAUGCUUCUUCGGAAGUGGGACCAACAAUUGGCCUUUUCCCAUCUUGUAAAACCAUAUCAAAUAGUGAGCCGAAUGGUCGAUACGGGGUCUUUAAACUUCAGAGAAAUGGCCCCGACAGACAAUCGGGAAUCGCUAUCAACCAAUUUGCCAAAACCAUCGCUCUUAUAUACUGAUAGCUUACUUCCCCAAAAUGACCAUUUUCAUCUUUGACGAACCCAUCACGAGUUAUGGAGCUUCAAUGUGGUGGCAGAUUUAAUUGGCCAACGCGGCAUGGGGAUUACAAGAUGUGGACAAAAAAUUGGUAUUCGUAUGUCGAGCACAGAGUUACUAGAGUAGUUUUUCUCAGACAGCCUUUGUCAAUUUUUUCCGAGGAUAAUUUGACCUGGUCCGACGUGUUCGUUUCGUACAACUGAUUCUGGUCGGAACAACUUCCUUACAACUCCGAACCAACCGCCCAUUUUGGCCUCGAGCCAUCGGCCUUUUGAGUGCAAGCCUAACUAGAGUCCAUCCCUAUGUACAACAAACAACUCCACAUCGCUAUUUGAAUUUUCGCGCCAUUAUUCAAAAGCCUUUGCCUAGCGAUUGGCCAAAAGGGAAACAUAAAGACGACAUCGCGCUAGUUGCAAUUGGCCCUUUUUUGACUCUUGACAACCCGAUGCGAUACCGAUUGGUCGAGAAGAUCACGUGACCCAUUUUAAAAUUUGACAACCCUGCGAAUGGCGACUCAUGAAAACAAUACAUUUUUGUAGUUGUCAACUUUUUGUACGCGCUCGCUUCCCUAUACCCUAGUGCAUGCCCUAGUCCAAGAGCCCUACAAUUUUCACUCUAGCUAGUAAUUUGAAAUUAGCUGUUUUGAAAACUGAUACUACUUAUCAUUAAAUCACAUCCUCUUUUUCGGGCAAGCUUCCUCCCGAGUUGCAUUUUUUCCAAUAGAUUAACAUGGUGAAAGCCAAACAGAAGCGGAAAAGUACGGUCUGCUACGGUGACAUCUGUUCCAACAUGUCCACCUCGUACAAGGUCUUCCUUCACGUGGAGGGCGAAGAAGACGACAUCCAGAGGUUUAUCGCCUUCAAAUCCUUUGUCUGUGUCCAGAAGAAGCUGAAGGUCAUGUAUCCGUCAUGGCUCAAGGACGAAACGUUUGAAGUCACCUGGAAGGUUGACGUGAAUGACAUGGUGAACAUUGCCAAUGACGUCGACCUCAUCCUGGCUCUCACGGAGAUGUCCCUACCGCCCUACCACAUACACAUCAUGACACGUGUUGUCCAAAGCAAAAGGGCCAAGUAGACAAUCUAUCCUGGAACAAGCCAUCCAGGAGCGAGAUGCUCUGCAUCAAGACCUUGAUCGUGCCCGGGACGACAAUAACCGGGACAAAGAAGUUGACAUAGAAAAAAUCACCGCAAAUCAGGCAAAUACGCUCAAAAACAAGGCCUUACAAGUCAGUAGCUCAUUGACGGAAAUUUCCCAAUUGGACUGUUAAAGCGUUUAUGAGAGGGAGGCCACAUGCCUAAAGAACCUAUUCAGUUAUUUCCUUCACUGGGCUUUGGGACUGUUGAUGAACAAGAGUAUCUAAUAUUGAGCCGGGUUCCAUCUUUCAUGCAUUGGAAACAUUGAUUCGAUAGGUGGACCGAUUGGUCUUUCCUACUUGUUGAAGUCAUCGGAAUAAAAGACCAGAAGGUUAAUAACAUCCUCGACUGGGAUCUUUCUUCUGGCCAAAACCUAAGCAUCUUAACCCAACCUGAUAGCUCUGGUCUUAAUCAAACUCAUGUCUAGCUCGAUUGAAGCUUCGUCGAAAGGGAAAAGAUACUGAGUUGUUGUUCCCCAAGUGACUAAUUCCUUCAUCGCCGAAUGGGCUUUUUUCAGUCUCAUGUCAGUUCCUUCAAGCUCAAUGGUGCCCUUCUUCUCUAUCUCCGCAAGUCUAGCGCCCU